GUUUCGGUUUCGGUUCCGGUACUUCCGGUCUCAGUCUAGUUCAGUUCAGUCUUCCAUCCAUCGAGUGUGAUCAGCUGUGAUGAUUUUUAUCAAACACGCCGCCGCCAAAACUUGUGUAAUUUUUAUUUUCGCUGAAAUUGUGUGACGAGUCCUGCCUUUAUGUCAAAAUCGUCUAAAAGUUCGAAUUCUUUCUAAAGGUUAUUCCAGAAUAAUUCAAAAUGAGUACAAGCAACUCAUCCGAACCGAUGCAGGAAGAUUUACUUCAGGAAGACAGUUUCUCCUCUCACAUUCCGCUACCAAGCUUACAACAGUUAGCAUCCGUUCAAGUAGUUCUGCCAAUGCUGGUUGAACACUAUUCACAAAAGGAGGACAUUUUCUUUCAUAGAUAUGACACUUUCAGUUGUGAUUUGCGAUUACGUAUGGGUGUGGAAUCAUUGAAAACUCCUCGAACUAUUGAAAAAAUACUUACAAAAGCGGCGGGUAAGAUUGCUAAAGCAUUGGAUAUAUGGAUGAAACAUUUUAGAUCCCAUGACUUUUUAUCUGUCAACCUGGAUUGCCAUAUCUGUAUUAACCCGAACUGGUGCGUUUGGCUUCCGAGCGGCGAGAUCGAUUAUAAACAGACUGCUGACGAGAUGUUAUCUUCUUGCGAACUGGAUGAAACGCAAAAAUUCGCUAUCAUGUGUGCAUAUUGCUUAGAAGACGAAAUCAAAGCGUUCGAUUCAAGUUCGCUUCCUGAGUAUUCUAUGAAAAAAAUGAACCUGAAACGCGACUUUUUAAUCGCUUAUUGGAUCUUUUCGUUGAAAAAUAAAUUGCACCACCUCUUCGAUGGAAUUUCCGGUUCCAUUGAUGCCGCAAUGGCUAAACAGUGCGAUGGUGAGCGCGCGUUCAAGUAUUUUUGGAAUCGUUUGGGCAAUGAAGAUCGAAUUUCAGUUGCUCAACACAGAAUCAGUCGUUUUGGCACUCAUGGUCAUAUGUAUUUUUGCCAAGAUCAAUUAUUCUCCAUGAUGACGUCCGCCGAGCAACUUCAUCUGUUAUCGACGCUACCCGAUGAGAUUAUAAUAAAUUUUUGGCUCUUGGUGAGAUCACCUUCACUUGUAUGUUGGGCGUCGAAAUAUUCCAAAAAUGCGAUGACUGCCAAACGAUUUGCCAGAGUAGUGGAAAAAAUAUUCCAAGCUAGAAUUGGGUCCGAUAAAGAUAUGCAGAUGCUCAUAGACGUAUGGGAUAUGGCUCCCAUCCAGUUCAAGACGUAUGCAGCUAAGCGCCUAGUAAAUGUGAUUUUUUCACCAUCUCAGUUUGGCAAAUUAAUGUCAAUAGUAAAGUAUUCGUAUUUUGAAGAAGAUGGUCUUCCUUGGAACGAAUCAGCGUCUAAGUAUGCGAAGAAAGAAUACGCUCUGAAAUUUUUGUAUAAGUUUUUAUCGCAAGUUAACGCAGAUACUCGAAGACAGUUGAUGCUGAAGCAUGCAAUCGCAUUCGGGGUGAAAAUUUACGACCCUCGUUUGAUGACUGAUGUAAUCUGCUUAUGUUUGCCAAGCUCGGAAGAUCAAUUGCUGUAUAAAAAAAAAAUUAUGGAUUCGCACACAAUGAGCGAACAUUGGGCAAAAGAUCUUCAUUGCGGAAAUGGUAUAGAACAUUUCAAGUCCCAAUUAGAAGUUUAUUCGACCGACGUAAAAGCUACGCAAGAAGUCACGAAGCGAGUACUGCAGUCGAAAUCUCUACAAAGAAGUUACUUUUUCAAUGCCAGUAAAUGGAGUAAAAUGAGUAAAUUUAUCGAUGAGACUUUCCAUGAUGAUCCAACAUCCGCCUCGAAUUUGAAGAAACAACUGCUUUCCUCCCUUUUCACUAGUACGGAGCAACAUAAUGAUUGGAACCAAGAGGACGAGAAGAUCGAUGCGAUGAUGAAAAUUGCCGAACAGGUUUUUACUCCUGAAGAGCUUGCAGUGGAAAAGCGACGUUUUGCUCAAGCUCGCAAAUCGAGAUUACAAAACCGCGAAUUUUGUUGGCAAUGGUUCGAGAUAAAUUAUUUCAGUAAAUUGAUGACGUGGUGUUUGGGUGACGGAGAAGCUUUACUAAAAUUUAAGAAAAGUUUUUCUAUCGAUAAAAUCUUCCUUUAUGUAAUGGACGAAGUGAACCUGUUCUAUUGCAAUGACUCCCAUUUUCAAGACAAUUUGCUGCAUCGACUUGAUGAUUUUUUGAAUUGGAUUUUCCCCAGUGCCGAAGAAACGACUAAAUAUAAAUUGAAUAGAUUGGAGACGGUGAAUUUGAAUGAAUUCGCAAUGUUUUCACAUCUUGUAGAUUAUGACGAAUACGAGUAUUUGCCAGAGUUAUUAGGUUGGUUUCACAAUGUGAACCCGGUCCCAUCUGAGGUGAUUGAUGAAUUCAAGGCGAGAGUCAAAGAAAGCUGCUGAGAGGAGCAGACAUUUUUUCUUCUAAUAUUUGUUUCGCGUACUUUUAUCUCGAUGACUUAAACAUAUCUAUGUAAGUGUAACCUGUAAAACUAAGUAUUUUUUAUUACCUAUUAUGUUUUUUUCAUUUAUAUGUUUUAUAUUUUAUAUCGUAUAGAUUAAAAUGACUUACGAAGUGUCAAUUAAGUAGGUAUACCAAAUGUAUCGUAUUCAAUUUUGUAUUUUUAUAUCCGUAAUAAAAUUGUUUCAAUUCGUUA